GUAACCAGGUUUGAAAAGGAAGAGUCACAAAUUUCCAUUAAUGAAGUAACAAAUAUGAGAGCUAGCUAAUCAUUCGUUUAAUAAAGAAAAGGUGAAUGGGGAGAGUUGGCUUCCACCACCAACAUUCUACUUCUGUAGUCUUUAGUUCAUGCAGCAAAUUAAAUGCCCUGCAGGCGGUAAGAAUUCCUCCCAUAAUAUAAUAGAGUCGCCUGGUUCUGCACCGUAUUAUGAUUGACAUGUGACGAUGACCACAUAUCUGGGCUGCGGCCUGCGCUCCUAAGCAAAACUGUUUGGACCGAUGCAAAACGUGAUUCCAAGACCCACUAUCGAUCAGAAGUUGCAACGGGCCAAGUGCAGUUGAAGGAGGCUGUUGCAAAAUUUCCCCUAUUUGCCAUGCAUGCACGCAUCAUCUUACCCAACAAAAUGCAAGGAUCGACUGGCCUUUACGUGAUGCCCAAGACCCACCGGGUCGGAAGUUGCAAUCGGCCAAUUGCUGUUGAAGGUGGCUGUUACAAAUAUUUCUCUAUUCGCCAUGCAUGGCAUCAUCUGUACUACAAUGGAUGAUAAUGAUGAGACAUGCAGAUCGUCUAAUAUGCCUACACUCUUUCUUCUUCUUUUUUUUCACUGCUCCUCCUCCGUCCCUAUAAAUAGGCCGCAUGCUACUCUCUCUAGUCUUUGCCCCUUCUUUUCUCCUUCUCCCCUCCUUGCUCAACUCUCUUUGCUUACAAAAAACACAAAAUGUCCACGCCCGACACCCACAGAGAAGGUUCCCACUCGAAUGAUCGCUCCGACGGAGUCGCGAUGGCGGUCGUGAUGGGAAUCUUGGUGGUGGUAGUAGGAUCCGUGGCCUUCGGGCUCUGGCUGCGCACCUGGUGGAACAAGCCACGCGCCCUGCCCCGCCGCGUCCGCGACACGCUCCCUCUGGGACGGUUCUCGGGAGAGCAGCAGGCGGGACUGUCGUCGUCCGACUGUCCCGUCUGCCUCGAGAACUUCACAGAGGGAGAGGAGUUCCGACUCCUGCCCCAGUGCGGCCACGCCUUCCACCGAGCCUGCGUGGACCGGUGGUUCGACACCCACCCCACCUGCCCCGUCUGCCGGCAGCAGGUCGUCGCCCACGUCCCGGCCGCACCCGCACCCGCCCCUGCUCCUGUCGCCGCCGCACCAGCACCCACACUCGCACCCGCCCCUGCCCCCGCCGCACCGGCACCCGCCCCUGCUCCUGUCGCCGCCGCACCAGCACCCGCUCCUGCCCCCGUCGCCGAGGAAGUUGAGAUGGCGGCGAGAGGGAACGACGGGGAGGAGGAGUAGUUGCCCCCUAGGUUUUUUUUUUUUUUUUGGUCGUAUUGUAAUAAACCAUGUAAUGUAUAUGUGUAGAAAUUCAUAUUUCAAAUGUAUUCUCUCUACUGUACGUUGUAUUUUUACUUCAUUUAAUUAAUUAAUCGAAGAAGAGAAUAAAUCAGAAAGCUUGGCCUGUUUACGUUGAAAUUUAAUUGGGCUUCCUCUUAGUAAUAUUUGUGUCUUGUAUGGGCUGACAAUGUUACAUGAGAAAACAUGGGCCAACAUCUCGCGUGUCACAUAAGCCCAAACUUUGCACGAAUCGUAAAAGAUUGGACGAAAAAUAUUUAUUAAUAAAUUCUUUUGCUGCCCCGUUUCAGAACAAGUAGACACGUGCAAUAAACACUAAAACACCUA